CGGAAGCCGCGCGUUUCCCCCUGCGCGCAAGACGCGCGCGCAGCUCCGGAAGAAGCGCUGCGGCCGGCGUGGUUUCCUUCGCAGGGGACAGGAGACCUCCGAGUGAUCAGAAGUAAACAAAAAAAAAAUGGCAAAAAGCUUGAGGAGUAAAUGGAAGCGAAAGAUGCGAGCAGAGAAGAGAAAGAAAAAUGCCCCCAAGGAGCUUGCCAGAUUGCAGAACAUCCUCAAAACAAACACUGAUGUUCUAAUGGAUGACGUGAAAGAGAUAGCAACUGUCGUUCCUGCUGAGAAAGUCAUAGAGAAGAAGGAUCAGGAGGAAGGGAGUAAGAUGGACAUGGAUUCAAAAAGAAACCAAAAAACCCUUCUGGAUGAACAUGGACAGUAUCCAGUAUGGAUGAAUCCCAGGCAGAGGAAGAAGCUCAAGUCAAAGCGGACCAAAGGGAAGAAUAAGCACAAACCACCUAAAGGAUUAGCAUGGUAGAACCUGGGUGAAUUUUUUAAAAAGUCAUGUGUGUUUGUGGAAGAAUUUUAUGUCAAAAAGGCAGCAAAAAACAAA